AUGAGCCAUAGAGCACAUAUAGAGGCUGUAGACAGAACCUUAAAAGAUCUUAGAAACUCUUCUGCUCUCAUGAGUGGGAUUACUUUUGUACUUGCUGGAGAUUUCCGACAGACACUUCCCGUCAUUAACAGAGGUACGCGAGCAGAUAUCAUCAAAGCAUGCUUGAAAUCGUCUCCCUUAUGGACUUCGAUUGAAAAUUUAAAAUUACGGACGAAUAUGAGAGCUCAUCUUCAUGGAAUCACAGAUAGUGAUUUCCCACAACAACUGCUAAAACUUGGGGAAGGAAUUUUUCCCACUCCAAAUUUAAGCAGAAAUUGUGACGUCCUUCUGGAUGAGUCUCUAGGCCAAAUAGUGCAUAAUUUAGAAAUUUUAAUAGAUACAGUAUACCCUGACAUCGAGAAUUUGAACGACAAGGACUUUAAUUGGGAAGCUCUGACCCAAUAA